AUGUACCUUACCCUAAGGACGCGAGACCACAUGGAACUCGACAGCAGCAAUAUCUACGCUGCUGAAUCACAGAUUAUCCUGGCAACAACCGCACCUCUAGAUCUUGAGCCCACCAAGAACAUCGAGGAGACCAUUUUGAAGUUAGAGUCACUGGCACAUCCUGAACACUCACAACAACCCCCUGAGCCAAAGACUCGGAAACGUACUGUCGCUGAGAUGGCUGCAGAUGAGGCUCUGGCUGCAGAAAAUGAGAGAUACAUGCUCACCAUGGAUGAACGCUUGUCGUCGAAUGCUGGAGGUGCACAAGGCGGAGCUAACGGCGCCGAUGGCGAUGGUCAAGCUGGUGCUGCUGCUUUCGAGCCUCGCUUCGAGCGGUUUAAGAAGAUUGAGGACAUCAAGCGAGAGCAUGCAGAGAGGAAGGAACAAGAAAAGAUCAAGCAAGCCGAAAACGAACGGAAGUUGGCUCUGCAAAAACAGCAGCAGGCACAACAUGCUGCAGAGCAGGCCGCUCAGCUUGCGCAACAGACUCGUCAGGCCGAAGAGCGGGCACGCCGGGAACAAGCCCAGCAAGCACAACAAGAGCGUGCCCGUCACGAGCAACAAGCUCGACAGCAGGAGUCCCAAAGGCGACAAUUGGCUGCGCAAGCUCAAGCACAGGCUCAACAACAAGCCCAAGCCCAGGCACAAGCGGCAGCACAACAGAACCAAGCUGCUAUGGGACAGACACCGCAUGCUCACCCUGGCCAACUACCCAAUGGCAUGCAAGCCACUCCAAACGGAAUGUCCGCACAAGCCCAGGCUCGUUUCCAUCAACAGGUCUCCCAACCAACCGUGUCAUCCCCUAUCGCUAUGCUGAUGAACAAUCCGGGUAUGCAGCAGAUACCGAACCAGAUGAUGGCUGCUCAGAUCGCUGCUCAGCAGCAGCAACGCAUCCAACAGCAACAGCAAAUGGCAGCGGCAAUGCAGCAACAGCAGAAUGGCAUGAUGAACGGCAUGCCGAAUCAGAUGACGCAGCAAAUGCUUCAACAACGCUUGAUGCAACAGCAGCAACAGCAAAUGAUGCGCAAUAACAUGGCGAACAAUAUGGCGAAUAACAAUCCUCAAUCGCAAGCGCAGCUGGCUCAACGUUAUGCACAGCAGCUGAAUAAUAUGCAGCAAAUGCAACAGAUGCAAGCUGCGGGUCAAAUGCAGAACCAGAUGCAGCAGAGGAUGGCGGCAGCUGGUCAAGGUUUUGUAAAUGUUAAUGGCACUCAAAUGGCACCUCAACAAGCCGCGCAGAUGAUGGCUUUGCAACAGAUGCAGCAGCAGCAGCAGCAACAACAACAACAAAUGGCCCAGCAGCAGAUGAAUCCCCAGCUUGGAACGCAAAUUCAGAUGCAAUCUAGGAAGUUGUACCAACAGAACUUGCCGGGUUUUAUCCAACGCAAUGGAGGCGUACCCGAGAACAUACCUCCGGAGAUGAUGGAAAACUUUAAGAGAGAAUGCAUGAACACGGCUAAGAACAUGGUCACGCAGAUGCUUGCUCAGCGUCGAGCACAAGCGGUUAUGAUCCAGCAGCAACAGCAGGCAAUGCAGGGCAUGGGUGGCGGAAUGAUGCCUCAAGGCAUGUAG